CUCUCCCCGUUCUGUUGCAUGUAUUCCAACAGACAUCGCCAUGUUCAUUCCCACGAAAGUCUAAAACCUGGUUCGCCAGAUGUCCUCCAUCCCACCUCCCCUUGCGGCGUGUUCCUCGAUGUGCUAUUCCAAAAGUCAGGCAAUGGUUGGGCUGGCAAUUACGCCGUGGGAACGACCCACCAUCUCCCGAGCGUUCACUAGGGGCUGAACCACAUAUCAUUCUCGGCGAUGAUAUGACCUCCAAGUGACAUGCGUGGCCUUAUUGAGGCGCCGGCAAGCAGACGUUCGGACGCAACCGAAAUUGCGGUCGAAGAGUCCAUGCGAUGCGGACGACGAGCUGUGGCCAGCGCUGGUGGAUGCGCCGGUGGAUGCUCGUCGCUGCGCUGUGGCCAUGUAUUCUGCGGAUAUGCCGGAAGAUCUCUUGCCGCUGUAUGUUCACUUGAUCCAGCAAAUUGAUGUACUCGCUCUCGGUGAACGACAUCGCCGCUCUGAAUAUACCCACUCGAGGUCAGUCCACGUAGUACUACUCACGACAAAACGACCGCAGGCUUGCGGGAAACGGCGACAUUGCAGAGUCCAUGGUCAACACCAGACUGUGAAAGCUCCCAUAGUCAGGCACCACAUUCAGUUGAUGGUCAAGCGCUUCAGCGUGACGCCGGGUGUGAUAGAGUCAUUCAUAGCGAUGAUUUUGGUGAGGCGCAAGACGUUGGUCUCAGCCGCGUCUACGUAGUCGCUCUACGCGCAGUCAGAAUCAUCAUCGAGCGCCUUGAAGGACUUUCUGUCAGCCGCGGUCUAUAAGUCUUGUCUACAUAGCACAGAGCAUAGCUUAGCGUUCGAACAGCAGGAACAGCUUCAUGGCCUUCGUUAUGCAUCAUGAAAGUGGAUGGGCUUGACUGUCGUGCCCCCAAUCUGUGCAUCCCAUGUUGCCUGGCUAAGAAGAUCUUCUAGAG